CCAAACACGGCAAAACUUCUUUAACUAUAAAAGAAGUAGACCCUGUCUUUUCUCCUCCACGCAUGGCUUCCUAAAUCCAACGCGCAGAUCUUCUGCAGAAUAAAGUGCUGGGACAAGGGGGCCAAACUUUGAAAGAUGGACCAGUUGAGGACCAUAUCGCACAGGAGAAUACAGCUAUUUCUGUUUAUCAUUCUUCAUCUAGCCACGACUCAAGCCGCUUAUCCCAUUGAUGUUCUGCGCGGGCUGGAGCUGUCAGAGAGCAUGGAGGGGGUGUCCUUGGAGGCUGGUUUCUGCACCAGCAGGAAAGGCACAGAGGAGACGGACUUGGCUUUCAAGAUCAAAAAGAUCCAGCUUAGCGCUCCCACUAAACAGCUAUUCCCAGAUUCCAAAUUCCCUGAGAAUUUCUCCCUUAUGGCCACAGUCCGAGCUAAAAAGGGCUCCCAGUUCUUCCUGCUGUCGGUGUAUGAUGAGCAGGGGGUGCAGCAGCUGGGGCUUGAAGUGGGCCGCUCACCUGUUUUCUUGUACGAGGACCAAGAUGGGCAGCCCACCCCGGAACUUUAUCCAAUCUUUAAGAAGAUCAACUUGGCAGAUGGAAAAUGGCACAGGAUAGCCUACAGCGUGCAGGACAAGGCUGUGACCCUUUACUUGGAUUGUCAGAUGGCGGAGAGUGUGGAUCUGCUUCGUGGGGACAAUGCCAUCGUCAGCACAGAGGGUGUCACUGUGUUUGGAACAAGGCUGCUGGAUGAGGAGGUUUUUGAGGGAGAUAUUCAGCAACUUCUGAUUGUGGAAGACCCCCAUGCUGCUGCCUCCUACUGUGUUAACUAUAUGCCAGACUGUGAGUCAGCUUUGCCACAACUCCCCCAAGCCGUUGGCCUGCCAGAGAUACCUCACCUUGAGUCAGAUGCUGUGAUGCAGAGCGACCAGCCAGCUGAACCGACGGAGGUCUCCAAAAAGGGCAGGAAAAACAGAAAGAACAAAAAGAAGAGGGACAAGGGCUCUAAAGGCAAACGCAAAGGCAAGGGCAAGAAGGGGUCCAGAAGGAAAAAAGAGGAAGAGGAAGGUUUUGAGGAGGGAUUCCUCAGAGUGACCACUACGCUGCCCGAGUUUUACUCCCAGGAUCAUUUUAAGCCCACAGAUCUACCAGAAAUUGAGAGUGCGCUUAAAGCUGUCUCAUCCACUAAAGUGUUCGACGAGACCUUCGUGAAGACGCCCACACAUGAACCUGGCUUCACAACUGAGGCCCCCACUGUGGUGCCUCACAGUACUGUGUGGAGCACAAUGCCUGUAUCAGAGGUUACUGAGGAGGACACCCCAGUAAAGAAACCACUGGAGGUGGAGUAUGAAAGUGACCUUUAUGGAGACCUUUAUGAGGAUCUUUCGCUCUCUACAGUAACAGUCGGCCCCAAUGUGACAGCAUAUGAGUUUCUUGAAUAUGAAGAGCUGAAGAACGACUCAGCGUUGGAAUAUGAGGAGUAUGAAAUUUAUGAGGACGACUUUGACUUUGCAGAGCGGGAAAAGGCUGACACGUUUAAUUUUGAGGCAACACUCAGGGCAGAGAAAGGCCAGAAGGGAGAGCAAGCCAUUAUCGAACCAGGUACAUUAGUGCAAGGACCCCCAGGCCUAGAGGGUCCACAGGGGCUUGAUGGCCCAGCCGGACCAACAGGCCCUCCAGGACCCAGGGGAGAUCCAGGUGAAUCGGGCCUUCCAGGACGCCCUGGUCUUGCUGGGGUAGAUGGUAUACCAGGUCCUCCAGGAACGCUGUUGAUGCUACCAUUUCAGUAUGGAGGUGAUUCACAGAAGGGACCAGUGGUGUCUCCCCAAGAGGCACAAGCACAGGCUAUUCUGCAACAGACAAAGCUAUCACUUACGGGACCUCCAGGUCCACUGGGUCUCACCGGGCGACCAGGACCAAUGGGACUUCCAGGUCCAGCUGGGCUCAAAGGAGACCAAGGCGACACUGGACCCUCUGGACCUCGCGGGAUGCCUGGUACCGCUGGAAUUAACGGAAAGUCUGGCAAAAGGGGACGUUCAGGAGUGGAUGGCGGUCGUGGCGCUCCAGGUGAAUCAGGUUCAAAGGGUGACAGAGGCUUUGACGGCCUGCCAGGUCUCCCAGGAAACAAGGGACACAGAGGGGACAGAGGGAGGCCGGGCCCUCAUGGGCCUUUCGGAGAGCAAGGAGAAAAGGGAUCUGAUGGACCUGUAGGGCCAAGAGGGCAGCCGGGUGAACCUGGUCCACGAGGUCUUGUUGGGCCGAGGGGACCACCUGGUCCGCCUGGUCAACCGGGGAUUGUUGGAAUUGAUGGAGUGCAAGGGUCAAAGGGCAACCUGGGCCCAGCUGGAGAGAUAGGGCCCCCAGGCCAACAAGGAAAUCCCGGAAUGCAGGGGUUUCCUGGUGCUCAGGGUCCCAUUGGAUUGCCAGGAGAGAAGGGUCCCCAGGGUAAACAAGGAAUUCAAGGUCUACCAGGCAUUGAUGGCCCUCCCGGUCACCCAGGAAGAGAAGGUCCCCCUGGAGAAAAAGGCAUCCAAGGUUUACCGGGUGUGCAGGGGCCAGUUGGGUACCCAGGUACUCGUGGUGUCAAGGGAGCAGAUGGAGUCAGAGGUCUAAAGGGAAGCAAAGGAGAAAAGGGAGAAGAUGGCUUUCCCGGUCUGAAAGGUGACAUGGGUAUCAAGGGAGACAGGGGUGAUGAUGGAGCUCUUGGUCCACGUGGAGAGGACGGACCGGAAGGUCCAAAGGGUCAGUCAGGACUCAUCGGAGAAGCAGGAGCCCUCGGACUAGCUGGGGAGAAGGAUACCCAGGAAGACAAGGUCUUAAGGGAUCACUCGGCUUCCCUGGUGUGGCAGGGGUCCUUGGAGAAAAAGGACGAAGGGGUCCAGGUGGUCAGCCAGGUUCAGGGGGCCAAAGAGGUCCCAAUGGAGCCCGAGGGGGAAGAGGAGCAAGGGGGCCAACUGGAAAGCCUGGAGAAAAGGGCUCUGCUGGACUGGACGGUCCACCAGGUUCUCCUGGAGAUCAGGGUCCUCAAGGACCACAAGGGAGGCAUGGUGAAUCAGGACCUCGAGGACCUAAUGGUCCUGCAGGAAAGAAUGGAUUGCCUGGCCACCCCGGACAGAGAGGAGAACCUGGUUUCCAAGGCAAGAAUGGACCUCCUGGUCCCCCAGGAGUUGUUGGACCCCAGGGAAAAUCUGGUGAGACAGGGCCAACUGGAGACAGAGGCCAUCCAGGUUCACCAGGACCACCAGGUGAGCACGGUUUACCAGGAACAGCUGGAAAGGAGGGCGCUAAGGGGGAUCCAGGCCCACUUGGAGCCCAAGGGAAGAGUGGCCCUACUGGGCUUAAAGGCUUCAGAGGAAGUAGGGGGACCCCUGGUGCAACGGGCCCAGCUGGUCUAAAGGGAGGAGAAGGCCUUCCUGGUGUUGCAGGACUUACUGGUGCCACUGGAGAGAGGGGUCCUGCUGGGCCUGCUGGUGCAAUUGGCCAGCCAGGACGGGCCGGCAGCGUGGGUCCUGCUGGGCCGAUGGGAGAGAAAGGCGAGCCGGGAGAGAAGGGAGCUGUGGGGCCGGCUGGACAUGACGGGGAACUUGGACCUCUAGGGCUGCCAGGGGUUGCAGGACCUCUAGGACCUCCAGGGGAAGAUGGAGACAAGGGAGAAGGGGGUGGACCAGGCCAAAAAGGCAGCAAAGGAAUCAAAGGAGAGGCUGGACCCCAAGGGCCUGUUGGAAUUCAAGGACCUGUGGGCCAACCAGGACCAUUUGGUGCAGAUGGAGAAACAGGUCCUCGUGGCCAACAGGGUGUAAACGGGGCAAAAGGAGAUGAAGGACCCAGGGGCUUUAAGGGGGCAUCUGGUCCCCCUGGAUUACAGGGAAUGCCAGGGCCUUCAGGAGAGAAAGGAGAAAGUGGGCAUGUUGGCUCAAUGGGUCCUCCAGGACAGCAUGGCCCACGGGGCCCUCAGGGACCCAUUGGUGGAGAGGGCCCUCCUGGUUUAUCGGGAGGAGUUGGUCAGCCUGGACUUGUUGGAGAGAAGGGUGAGGAUGGAGAGGCAGGAGACCCUGGGUCAGUGGGGGAGACUGGCAUCCCUGGUGCUAAAGGUGAUGUGGGGGAUAAGGGUGACUCCGGUCCCCCCGGAGCAGCUGGUCCUCCUGGAUCGAGGGGAGUACCAGGAGAGGAUGGACCCAAGGGCAACCUUGGUCCUCUUGGAUUCCCUGGAGAUUCGGGGCCCCCUGGAGAACCCGGAAUCAAUGGUAUAGAUGGUGCACAUGGACCAAAAGGAGACAACGGAGAGCCUGGGAAAGCCGGACCCUCCGGGGCCUCGGGAGAACCUGGCCCGCCAGGGCCGCCAGGUCGGAGGGGUCAUAUUGGAGCUGCAGGAAAAGAAGGGAAGCAAGGGAUGAAAGGAAGCAAAGGGAUGACAGGAGCUCUUGGUUCAGUGGGGAAGACAGGCCCAGUAGGACCCCAAGGGCAGCCAGGGAGGCCUGGUCCAGAAGGGCUUCGAGGCAUUCCUGGUCCAGCGGGUGAACAUGGGUUGAAUGGACCAUCUGGACAAACUGGACCUCCAGGACCAAUGGGACCACCAGGACUUCCAGGACUAAAAGGAGACUCUGGAAGUAAAGGAGAAAAAGGUCAUGGUGGGUUGAUUGGUCUAAUUGGUCCCCCAGGAGAACCUGGUGAGAAAGGAGAUAGAGGCCUGCCAGGAAACCAGGGUUUACAAGGACCUAAGGGAGAUGAGGGAGUGACUGGAACAGCUGGUCCCACUGGUCCACCGGGGCCACCAGGAUUCUCUGGAGCUGCUGGGGAGAAAGGAUCGAAGGGAGAGCUGGGUGUGGUCGGUCCCAGGGGAGAUCCGGGCCCUGCUGGUCCUCCAGGACCCCCUGGAGCCCCUGCCACUAUGGUUCAACCCCUACCAAUUAGGGAGGGCAGGCGAAAGAGACGAAGGCAUACAGAUCAAACAAAAGAUGCAUCCAGGGAGGGGGAUGAAGCUUUGGACACGGAAGUGUUUCUGCAAGGAGAUCAGCCCCUGGAGGAUGCCGAAGGAAUGGAGGAAGUUUUUGCUACCCUUUCUUCAAUGAAGAAUGAAGUGGAGCUUAUGAGGAGACCUCUUGGAACCUUUGAGAGCCCUGCUCGUACCUGCAAAGAGCUCAUGAUGAUUCACCCUGACUACAAAGAUGGAGACUAUUGGAUUGAUCCCAAUCAGGGUUGUCAUAGAGACUCUAUCAAGGUUUAUUGUAACUUCACAGCCGAUGGACAGACCUGUCUCUACCCUGACAACAGGAUUGAGAGGGUGAAACUAUCAGCAUGGAGCAAAGAGAAACCAGGAAGCUGGUACAGCCAAUACAAGAAGGGCAAACAGUUCUCCUACAUCGACAGGAAUGGGAACCCUGUUCAUGUAGUUCAGCUGACCUUCUUGAAAUUAUUAAGUGCCACAGCCAAGCAGAGCUUCACCUAUACCUGUCAGAACUCAGUGGGUUGGUUUGACAGCACCUCCCUCUCAUACCAGCAUGCCCUCCGAUUCCGUGGUAGCAAUGAUGAGGAGCUGACACAAGCCAAAAGCCCAUUCAUCACAGCAGUGCAUGAUGGAUGCCAGUUCCGUAAAGGUCAGGAGAGGACCAUUUUAGAGAUUAACUCCCCCUCGGCUGAGCUACUCCCUAUUAUAGAUGUGGCACCAGCAGAUUUUGGUCGCAACAGCCAGAAAUUUGGAUUCCAAGUCGGACAAGUAUGCUUCAACGGCUAACAUCUUGACAGGAACGAGUACAUAUGAAGACCUUCACAGGAAGUUUUCAGUCAAAGAAACUGGACUUGAACUGCCACUCAAUAUUUAUUGUUAUGUUCCUGUAUGUGAUGGGUUAUUGGUGUCUUAUUUGGGAUUGUUAAACAGUCAAUGAAAUAUUUUCUUUCAAUUUCCAAGAGUAAGAACUAUAGCACAAUAGCAAGAAAGAGGAUAUGCUACAGCUGGAACAAAACACAAUAUACCAAAGGGAAUCAUUACAGUUAGAUAUAUCUAAUUCUGUUUUUUGUUUUUUUGCUUUUGUUGUUUGAUUAUCUACCUUUUUUAAGUGGGCUAUAUUUAAUCCUCUAGAGGGCCACACCACUUAACAAUGACCAGCCAUAAACAAGAUCUGUCUUACUGACCAGGGCAUGUCAGUGACUGGAUAGCAUAGACAUCUACUUCCUGCCUUACAAUUUUCAAAGACUGAGAUUAAAUAAAUCAGUGUCACAAUCAUAUUAAUUUAUAUUGCAGAUAGAUUUCAAUCUAAUGACAAUUCCAGAGCAGUUGUGAACUACCCCAGCACAUUAAUUCCACAAAACCAGAAUAAUUAAUUUCUUGUGAGUAAGAUGAUAAAUUGCGCUCUUUACCUUUCAACAGCAGUUUGUUCAAUGAAUUAUCUUGUUUUGUGUUCAUAAGGUGUAGCUAGUUAUUGAGCCAAACACUUACUUGAAUGACUAAGGUUAUUUUUCUGUAUUCUCUGCUUCCCUCAUAUGCUUGGUAAUAUGGUCUUUGAGCCCUCCCUGUAUCUACAAACCACAGUAUGUAUGUAACAUCAUUUUAGCAGUGGUAUGCACUUGCUAUCAUGACAUAUUCCAGCACCUGUGCUGCGGAUAUUGUAACUGUACCAAUUAGAAUGUUCUCCUGUCAAGUGUGGUGACUUAUUCAAAGAUUUUUUUAAAUGCAGAAUUAUGAACAGAGAUGCCUUUAUCCUGGUAUGAAUUGCCCUUCAGUGGUGCUAUAGAUGAGUCUUUUAUAUUUGUGAAACUAUUUGUGUUUCUGUGGGUAUGAUCAUAGUACUAGAGAUUGAGAGGGUUAUUGCUUUAUUCAACAGUACAAAAGACCCUCGGAGGUAAGAUACUUGUUUCUUGGUUUUUGCACAUCCUCUGGCUGACUGUGUUAUUUCCACAGGGCCAAUAGAACGAAGCAAAGAACAGUUCAGAGCAACAUGGUUGAUUGCUUUAAAGGGAAAAUCCACCCUUAAACCACACUUACACUUUGCCUUCACAGUGAUUUUCUCUCAUAAGAAAUUAAAUAUCAACUCAGACAGCUCUUUUCAUAGAGUCAAAUGUAUUAUUAAGACUGCAAUUCAGUCAAGUUUUGAAAGAUUGAUUUGUUCUGUUUAGCUGUAAAAUUAACAUUGUCCCAUCUCAGCGGAAUCCCUAUCAUAUCAUUUUACAAAUUAAACUGCAUUAUUCAGGAUUUGUUUUUAGGUGAUGCAAAUGCUGCAGCCUGUUUCUGCAUAUUACCCCUAAGAGCCUUUUUUGAAUUGGCAAAUAGAACUGUGAAAUACCACAGAGCUGGUGAGACUUAUGUAUGUGAAUUCCAUUUUCUGCCUAGUUUUCCCUCCAGCAAAUUAAAUUUCUCAGCACUGUAACUACCUCCCCUGAUUCGAAUGGUAGAGUGUGCACACAACAUGUGUAAUCAUGUCAUUCUGUCCCCGUGUUCUAUUUAUUUCAUUGCAUUUAAGCAGUACAAUUUAUCCUUUCCUCUCUUGACACACACUGCCCUUCAUUUGUAUAGUGUUGUACUUAUUUUAUAUGCUGUACAGUUAUUCUGAGGACUUUAUGAACAAUAACUGCUGCCUGAAUGGCAGCAAGUUUAUUUGUCAAAAUUUAUGUGCAAAUAAAAACCCACAA